AUGAAUGUGAUUGAGCUUGAGGUAAUUCACUAUGGUCUAGAGCAAACUCUUAUUUCUGCCUGCUACAUAGCAUUAAACACUUACAGUCAUGCCAAGCUGUUCGAAACCCGGACCCGACAUUACAAAGCCGACAAAAUGACUGCGUUUGUAACCCGGAAUUUCUACGACGGAAGAAUAGAAAAGGCAACAAAGAGAGAGUGA